UUCACAUCAAUGUUUUGGUCUUUUGACAGGUGGUGGGUUCAUACUAGUCUUUUAUAUGUAUUGAUGCUCGUUGCUUAAUAGCAGGGAAAGCCUGCGACGUUCAAGUAUUUCAGAUAAUCUUCACGAUGUCAAAGCCAGGAGAGGAGAAGGUCUCUGAAAUAUCUCCCGUCUUAUUCCUGGAAGCCAGUGGACAUUCAAUGCGCUUCUAUGUGAGACCCGGUCCGACUAAAACGCAGCUCUACCCUCUGAUAUCUAAUGGCGGAGGCAUUCUGUGUCGGAAUCAAGAGCCCGGAGCCAUUUUGCUGGUCGAUCCGGGCGACGUGACCAGUGCGAUGGCGAGCACUGGGCAGAAAUACAUCUCUUCGAAAUUCAUCCGAGAUUGUGUAGAGCAGAACCAGCAGUUGGACCGGGACGACUAUGUGAUCAGUGUGGGACCGUCUGUCCAGACGAGGAUGGCUGCCCGUCACCAGGGCACCGGACGUCUGGGUUACUCGCUUGAAGACGACGCCGCUAUUGUGAAGUUCAUGGAAAAGCGGCUGCAUGAAGCCAAAGGAAACCUGGUUUGGAAAGAAAUGGAGAAGCGGAGUGUCACCGGCCACAGUUGGCAGUCCAUGAAGGAUCGGUUUCUAAAGCACCUUCAGCACAAGCUUACGGAGAAAAGCCCGAAGAAAAGCCCCUCUAAAAGAAAAGCUCUUUUGUUUACUCAAAGCCCCUUAUCGAAGAAGACAGCGACUCAGACCUCAGAACCAGAGGCUGAUACAGACACCUCACGAAAGUCCGACGCUGUGUCGGAUUCAUCUGAAACGCAAAUCUCCACAGAGUGUCCAACUGUUAGGACCAUCCCUCCUCCUUCUCCCGAGAGAGCCAGUUCUCCUCCAGAGGCGGCCAGCGAGUCUCUGCAUGAGCGGCAGGAUGAAUCCCGUGUCCCGGUCCAAGAGCAAGAAACUCCAGGGCCUCCUCCUUCUCCCGAGAGAGCCAGUUCUCCUCCAGAGGCGGCCAGCGAGUCUACACAUGACCGGCAGGACGAGUCCCGUGUCCCGGUCCAAGAGCAAGAAACUUCAGGGCCUCCUCCUUCUCCCGAGAGAGCCAGUUCUCCUCCAGAGGCGGCCAGCGAGUCUACACAUGACCGGCAGGACGAGUCCCGUGUCCCGGUCCAAGAGCAAGAAACUCCAGGGCCUCCUCCUUCUCCCGAGAGAGCCAGUUCUCCUCCAGAGGCGGCCAGCGAGUCUCCACAUGAGCGGCAGGAUGAAUCCCGUGUCCCGGUCCAAGAGCAAGAAAUUCCAGGGCCUGAAAUAUCCAAAAGUCCUAGAUUAGAGGAAGAUCGUGAUGGACAAGACAUUCCAGAUGGAUCAAGUGAACAACCAUCUCUCAACAAAACAAAACAAACAACCAGCAAAACCGCCACAGCUGAUUCUAAGAAACUUGGGAUUCUUGCAAAAGCUGCAAGAGAAUUUGAGGACUCAGAUGUGAUGGAUGAAAGUGAAGAAGGGGAAGACCCAUGUGAAGCCCCGAUCGUCGAGCCCUCAGACGCACAUGAAAGUUCGGCGACACCUUCGAUGUUUGCCAGGGAACCAGAGAGCCAAGCUGAGCACCACGAGGAAGCCCGACAGGAAUCAGCAGCACCUGAGGAAGAGGAGCGUCCCGGGCCCAGUUCCACAGCGUUCACCACCCACGCAAUCAUGCUAAACUCCGAGUCACGGGAACCAAACCACAGCCAGGCCGGAGGAACGCCGGAGGAAACCCUCACCAGGCUCAAGGAGCAGGUCAAGAGCUUGAUGAGAGACAGUAAGAAAGAACUGGUUGAGGUGACCAAGGCGCUGUUGAAAGCCAGCGGUGACCUUGCACGCGCUCGGGUGUAUCUGAUCGAUGGGUACGAUCAGGAGAUUCACGGGCCGCUCUGGAAUCAUCUGGACGACGAGGUCCUCCUGUUGGCGGAUUCGUACGAACUUGAGCAGCUUCAGUUGAAAUUCGGAGUGGAGGAAGUGAGCAGGAGAAGAGCCUUCCUCACGGCGGGCAAGAACUGAGAGGAUUUGCUGUUGCUUGGUUUUACAAUAUCACUCAGUUUUAUAUUCUCAGUUCAGUUUUGUGUUGAAAAGUUCAUAUGAGAAUUUUUGCUAAUAAUUACUUUGUUAUUUAUAUAUAUAAAUUAAAGUAUUUUCCUUACUGA